AUGCAUCGCAACGAUCCCAAUGCGGGUAGCGAGUCUCCACCGCGGCGCCGUUUUCACCAUGACUACGACGCAGAGGAAUACGCUCCUCGCGUUAAAAUGCAUGGGCAACGCCCGGUGGACUUCUAUUCGACAGCCAUCCGCUAUGUUCAAACGUGGCACUUACACAAACGCACCCCUUACGGGUACCACGUGCCGCCCCAUGAAUAUUUCACCAAGGACCUCCUUGCCUGCACGGAAACCAGCUUCAAUCCUUCCACUGCGUUAUGCACGCAGUGGGCAAGCACUUCUUUUCAUCCGGACGCACGGUCCAGUCGAGUGCGAGUUCCGCUCUACGCCCUCCAGUGGGCCGCCAAUGGGCGGCGUCUGCUAUGCUCGACUGGUCGUGGUGAAUUCUUGCUCUUCAACGGGCGCUCCUUCGGACUGGAGGUGAAAACGGUGGCGCAUGAAGAUAGGCACCCGUGCCGUGCCCUCGCCUGGGGUGGACGCACCGAUGUCAUUCUCAGUGGUGAUGACGCAGGCAAGAUGAAGGUUUGGCGAUCUAACUUUGUGCUAAUGGCGGAGCUCGAUUCAAACCACCGUGCCGUGCGAGAAAUCACAUGGGCCCCGCUGGAGGCGAAGUUCUGCAGCUCGGGGCAGGACGGCACGGCGCGAGUUUGGGAUACCCAAACGGUUGGCUCCCGCGGCUCCACGGAGCAGCCGGCGCAGGAGGAGGUGAAGCUUGAGGGCCACGGCGGCGACGUGACCACCACGCACUGGCACCCGUACCGUUCCCUUAUCGCAACCGGGAGCCAGGACAUGCAGUGCCGGCUGUGGGACCCGCGGACAGCGGCCCGCGGCAGCAUUGCGGCGCUCUGCGGCCACAGCCAACCUGUAACACGCGUGCGCUGGCACCCCGACGGCCGUACGGUGCUGAGUGCGUCGAAAGACGGAACCAUUAAGCUUUGGGAUAUCCGCAAGACGCAGCCAGAGUUGAUCCGCUUCAAGGGUCAUAGCGACAGCGUAGACCAUAUUGAGUGGCAUCCAGUGGUACCUGACCUCUUCGCAAGCUGUGGUGCGGAUGGACGCAUCAUGUACUGGAUGGUCGACGAGUGUGACGGCACCCCAACGCACGGCGUGCUGGAAGCCAUCAAGGACGCCGCCACCAUCGAGGCUGCACAUGAUCGAUUUAGAGAGAAGGCAAACCCAGUCUUCACAUUGGCGUGGUGCCCACUGGGAAACCUGCUGGCAUCAUGUAGGACAGAAGUAAAGUACUGGAGUCGUAAUAAGCCUGGCGCGCUGGAGGAGAAAGAGAGGGGCGCAGAAGAUGAGGAUGUCUUGGAGGAUGACAUAAAUGCAGUGUGA